AUGGAUUCUGGACCAACGUUAGUUUAUUUGCCAAUUUCAUUUUCAGAUAAAUUCUUUAUUUUUCAGCUCAGCGAGUACUCAGAACUCGAGUUCUGAAAAAGACGAGAAUGGAAAUUACGAGAUUGCCAGCAAACUUCAUCUAACUGGAUCCGAUAACGAAUAUGAAAUUUUGAUUUCUUUCCAAAGGGAAAACACUGGUUUCAAUCGUAUUGAAUUCAUGAAAGAUGCCUACUCACCAAAAGCUACUAAAGUUUGCUUGUAAGAACUUCUUCCCUAAUUCCAAAUUGUGUUGAGAAAUUAAACAAUAUUUUCAGCCGAGGUGAAGCGUUCAGCAAAGAUUGGCCAGAAUCGACAGUUGAGGAAGGGAAUCCACUUGACGUUGCAACAACAUAUUUCAAAAAUCUUCUCAAACAACACAAAAAACAUGUUGAAAGUGUUCAGAUCGAUGUUCCUGAUAUUCAUUAUUGCGACAUGAGAGGAGAAAAGUUGCCAAACUUGAAAGUUUUGAAUGUUGUUUGUUUGGAAGCACUUGGUUAUUUCACAUCAGCAACAACAAAUAGUCUUAAAGACUUGACCAUCAAUUUUCCUGGCUCUGAUCCAUGCGGUUUCCAAGGACUUCCAAGAUCUGUUGUUAUGUUUUCAGAUGUAAAUUAUUAUUUUUAUUUUCAACUCAAUUCAUUGAUCAAACUAUAUAUUUUCAGAUCUUCCGUGUUACUGAUCGUCUUUCAAUUCCUGACUCCAAAGUUACUUAUGACGAAUUUCUUCGAAUGAAAGCCAAAGAAACUAUUUUGAUAAUGGGAUUAUUAGAUGAAGAGGAAAUCAAUCGAUUGGUCAAAUCAUGGGUCAAAGGAAAACCAGCAAAACAAUUCGAACUAUGUGUUUUCAAAAAUCCGUGCUACAAAGCUCCAUGCAACUACAGAUGCAAUUCCCACAUCACACUUAGUGGAAUGAACCACACUGAAUUGAAAAACGAAUACUACAAUUUGGAGUAAGUUUUCGUUUUUUUUACUAUGAGAAAUCCGCAAAAAUCCUUUUUUUUUCAGCACAAUUUUGUCGAUUGAAAAUCGCAAAGUUCAUCGUGUGCAAAGCAAGAAAGAUCCCACAUGCUUCGUUGAUAUUUUAAUUGGACUUGAAGGAAUUGUUUUGGCUGUUAACAAGAAAAAUGCCUACAAUCCACCAGAGAAUAACCAACAUUUUGGUUUUGCGGGUGAAGGAUUCGAGCUUGAUUGA